UAGUCAACUUGCCCAAUCACAACCCAGAAUGUUCCCGCACGCCUUUCCCAUUGGUUGGUAGGAGAGCACGGCAGGAGCAUCCUCCCAAGACCUAUCAGCUGUGCUAGUGCAUACCAAUCCCUCUCUCUUCACCAUGGAGUUUUACAAGAACCUGAAGGCAUCAGACUGGGCUGCCCUCCUACCACUGGGUGUCACCUGUGUGGCUGUUGGGUUUGGUGCCAAGAUCCUCUUUGACAAGCAGUUUGGCACACCUGUGAACCCAUCCAUCCGCAAGGGGGAAUCCAAGGUGGUGGACUCGGUGGACAUUGAGGACCUGGGCAACAAGGCGGUGUUCUGCCGCUGCUGGCGAAGCUCCAAGUUCCCUUACUGUGAUGGCAGCCACAACCAGCACAACAAUGCCUGUGGGGACAACGUUGGACCUCUCAUCGUCAAGAGCAAGGAGUAAAGGCAGAUAUCAUCCUGGUAUUUGGCAGCUGAGCAUUGGUGUGAAUUUUGUGUUUGUACAUAGGCUGAGGUGAAAUUGUAACUAACACCAUGCUGGCACUGUUGACAUGGCACUGUGGUGGUGAAGUAUACAUACCAGUCUCCGUAGGAAUACAGCUACAACAUGUUUAAUAAAUUAAUUUCAACUACUUGUUAUUAUGAAAUUGAGAAUAUGAAAUAUGUACUCUAUAUUUUCCAAAAGUCGAAGAACAAAUUUUUAAUGCAUGCAGAAAAUUGUCAUGGUUCUCUGUUCUUACUUUUGUAUGAAGCUGAAAUGUAACUUAGAAUAUAAAAUUAGAUGAAUUUAUCAAUAAGAUACAAGUGUCUGCAGUCAGGCAGGUAUUCCUAAGAAUGUUUUUGGCUGUGUUAUUCAUAAUGCUAUGUAAUACUACAUGUAAGAUAUUUUACUCAUAUUAAAUGAUGUGAUGAUGAUUAGAUGAUGUGCUGUGUGAAUUUUGGAGGGUGAAAUAAACCUACACUAUAAUUUGAA